CAAUGAACUUUACUCGCGGCAGCUUUGUUACAGGCGACACUCGACCGACAUGCUCUUGGCACAUGACAAUUUCGCAAGCUUAGGAUUAUUUGUGCACAUCAUACGCUUUGCGCGAGGGUUUGGAAAAAUGAACGUAACCGAGAAACAAAAAGGAAUAUUACUUUCCUUUAUGCAAAGAUAUCCCGAUUUCGGCAGAGGACGUUUACGAUACAAUAGUGAAAAUAAACGAAAAAUUGAUGAAUUUUGGGAAAAAUUAUCUAUAAUGUUAAAUACUGCAGCAUGCGGACCACGUAAAUCCUGUAAAGAAUGGGCCAAGACAUGGAGAGAUUGGAAGUGCAAUACUUUAAAAAAAGUUGCAAAACAUAAGAGUUAUAUGACAAGCACGGAUGGCGGUUCACCAAAAUAUUUAGAAUUAACUGUUAUAGAAAAAAAAUUUGACACCAGAGGCCAGUGGUUUAACAGGAAUACCUGAAGGUGGAAUUGAAGAUGUAAUGUCAAGUUCUAAUUAUAAUGAAAUUUCUACUUUGUCAUAUAAUACUGAAUUAAAUGACACAGAACAAAUAUU